UGUGUGUGUGUGUGCCAAACCCUACUGGGGCGCUCCCUUUUAAAUACCAGUUAAAAUGGUUGGGAGGAAACAUCAAUCCCAUUAUCAUUAUUUUUGUACCACACCUAGAUCAACUCUUCAUCCAAAGAUUGCUGGACUUUUGCUCGAUUUUGCGUGAGACCUGAAGUGAUUGACAAUAUAACAAUGUGGCCAAAUCAAGGUCCUCAUCCUCCAGUGGGCCCACCAAACCCUGCCUACCCUCCUGCCUACAGCCCUGAAAAUCCUGUUGCACCUCCAUCAGGAUUCUUCCCCCAACCUCCACAGCCAACAUACCCAGCUGGGCAAUACCCAGCUGGGCAAUACCCAGCUGGCAUGAACCCAGCCAUGGUACCAAAUGCACCUCCAGGGUCAGUGCCUUAUGCAGCUCCAGGGCCACAUGGUUAUCCUAUGGCUCCAGGUGGAUAUCCACUAGUCCCUCCUGCAGGUGCUCACCCAGGUCCAUACCCACACUCUCCAAAAGGCUGUCACCAUAAAGGCCAUAAAGGCCAUAAGGGCCAUAAAGGUCAUCCUCAUGGAGACUUCAAUCCCAUGGCUGGAGCAUGCGCCGGAGGAAUGGCUGGAAUUGGAAUGGGGGUGUGCGGACACAAAGCCAACAAAAAGAUGAAGAAGAAGAAAGCACAUAAGGGGCACAAACACGGCAAGUCGUCCAGCAGCAGCAGCAGCAGCAGCAGCAGCGACGAAGAGUGAGACCACCACUUCAAGACAAGGCUUUUAAAGAAAAGUCUCUUGACAAAAGGGCAACCUGACUAUUAACAAACCAUAAACACACUAAAGUUAUACUUGUCACUUUUAACAGGAUGUCAAUUAAAAUUAAAAAUGCAGAGAUUUAUCAUAGACUACCUAUUUAAACUAGAAAGGCAUGCCUAAGCUGUUGCUGUAAACAUUUCCAAAGCAUUUGGCUGUAAUUGCAUUCCAUCAUGUCUUUUGUUGUUGUGGUGUUUUUGUCAAAUGUUCCAUAGUGACAGUUUCUGUACAACAGUACAAAUACACUAGUGUACAAAAAUACAGAAAUAAUUUGAAGAGGGACUACAGCAAUGAUAAUUUUUUUUGAGAAAAGCUAUAAUUGUGAUUUAGCAAAAGACAAUAUGUAUGUGUGUUUGUUGU